AUGAAUGGCCUGCGGGUGGCCAUGCUGGGCAGCGAAGGGACGGGCAAAUCCGCGCUUACGGUGCGCUUUCUAACAAAGCGUUUCAUUGGAGAAUAUGCCUCUGAUUCUGAAUGCAUUUAUACAAAACAUUUGUGUCUGGAUGGAAAGCAAAUUAACUUGGAAAUAUAUGAUCCUUGUUCCCAACCUCGACCAGGAAAGUUGUUGCUUACAGAUGAACUCCAAUGGGCAGAUGGAUUCGUUGUGGUCUAUGACAUCAGUGACAGAACUUCAUUUGGUUUCGCAAAAGCAUUGCUAUACCGGAUCCGUGAAUGUCAUGCCGGAACUUGCAAAAGAGCAUCAGAGUGCACCGUGUUUCUGGUUGGGAACAAACAGGAUUUGUGCCACAUACGAGAAGUUGGUUGGGAUGAAGGACAGAAGUUGGCCUUGGAUUACAGAUGCCAGUUUUGUGAACUGUCAGCUGCGGAACAAUGCCAGGAAGUGGGAACGAUGUUCAUCCAAGCUUUGAGAAGCCUCACGGCUCAUCCCAAGGGGAAGGAGAAGAGACGGCCCAGCGGUUCAAAAUCCAUGGCCAAACUGAUUAAUAACAUGUUUGGAAAGAGGAGAAAGUCUGUUUAGUGAGAGGCCCACCAGAAAUGGGCAGG